GUCAUGUAUUGAGACGUCGCUUAUCGCCCAGUGUUACAGCUUAAUAACGACACGUGCUGGCGUAGUGAACACAACCGACACGAGCCAGAGAGUCGAAUUCCUAUGACUGGAGUACAGAUACAUUGACUGUGUGUGUGACAGUACCCGAGUUCAAAAAUAUUUACAAGCUUAGUUAUGUGACGAAGAUCAGUGACAUGAGGAGGUAAAACUUUUCAUUGGGACCUGACAAAGUCAUUCAGGCAAAACCUGUUGUGAAUCCAAAAUAACCGGCUUCCCCGUGAUUGUGUUGACAUGGAUGUUCCACUCGCAAUCUUGUUUUUGAUGGCGUGUGGAUUUACGACAUACAUAAAGGGUUCGAACUCCCUACAACUAACAAGUUCUCCAGCAACAGCAUCGCCAGACCAGCCGUACACCUUGAUGUGUAGCGGUAAUAGCAGUGCUGGCAGGGACAGAGAGUGGCACUGGAGGAAUGAAGUAAUCUUUCGUACACGUUAUGUAUCAGACACACAAUGUCCAGUAGAUGUAUCCAAUAAUGACCUGUACAGACAUCUGUCAGGACCUGUCAAUGCAACCUGUAGUCUCAACCAGCACAAUGUGACUCUCAUGAUCCUCACUUCAAUAGAUAAUGGAUCUGUGUGGUGGUGUGUGGAUAGUCAGAAAAGUCAGGAGAGCAACAAAUGGACAAUAUACGUAGGAAACGUUAUGACAAUGUCCUCAACAACUACGACAGCAGCUACUACAACCACUGCAGCAGCAACUAUAACUACUACAGCAACUACAUCUACUACAACCACAACAGCUACUACAAAUAUGCCAGUUACUUCAGCAGCUAAUGCUACUACAACUGCUGCAGCAAAAUCAAGCAAGUCUCCUCAAGUAGGGGGUAGUCAAGUUGCUUACAUCGCUGCCUGUGUUGGAGGAGGUGUUGCAGUCGUCAUUGUUGCCGUCGUCAGUGUUCUGUGUAUAAGAAGAAGGAGAGGACGUCCUGUGAAUAACGGCAGUGCACGUGAACACAAGCACGAGGCAUCUCAUACCUACUACAAUGAAAAUCGCGUCUUACAAGACCAAGACAUCAACGACAAAGUUCAAGUGGAAAAUGAUGUUUAUGAGACUUCACAUGACGUCACUUCACCCAACCAGCCUUCAACAAAUGAUCACAUGAUAACAGAUGUUUACGCCCAAGUGCAGAAACCAAAGAAAAAUGCGCCGAAACCUACAGGUACAGCUGACGACAUCAACAUUGAAGAUCUAUAUGCCAAACCUGACAAAACUAAGACCCGGAAGAAGCAGGAAGACUAAUAGAGGCUGGAAAAGGGGCAUCCUUUGGUGAUGAGAAAUGGACUGUUAUAUGAAAUGUCAGAAUUCUGAAAAAAGGAGAUGUACUGUACAUACGCGAUGACACAUCUUGGUGAAAUAGUAUCAUACUCUCUUCAGCAGUAUGAUUGGUACAGUGUUCUCAUUAUAAACGUUGAUUGUGUAUAGAAUAUAAAAAUCAAUUUUCAAUACCAGAGAAUAACCAAUCUCGCUUUCCCAAUAACGCAUAUUCCAUUGCGCGAAAAUGACAGUGCAGCUGUGAACAUGUAUGAAUGGAUAAUUACUAAUCCGUGAUGACACCAGGUGUUCGCGAAAAGGAUAAGCAUGGGCUGCCCUACCGGUAUUACCCACCUUUCUCGCAACCUACACCAAAAUGUAAGUAUUUGUUGCAUGACAACAAGAAUGUAUCUAAAUCAUCAUUCUUAGACGCUUUAAUGUACUCAGGGUUACAGGGUCCACGUAUGCAACAGCUAUCUGUUUACUCCAAGAUCCCCUGCUCCAGCUUGUAACUCAUCACCUGUUGCCAAACUUGUCAUACAGUCACGAACAUGAUUUGUGCCCUUUUACAUUUUUAUGAUUUGUUGUUAAAUUUACAUUUAAUGCAGAUUCAAACUGGCUAAUUUCCAUAUUUAUUCAGGAAAUAUCUUUCUGUGAAAUGAUAAAAAGGAUACCAUGUUCAUGUACGUCCUUGUGAAUUAGUGAUGGAAGAAGUGAGUGUAUGAAACCCACGGGCAUUAAUAUGGUGCUAAGAAAUCAAGAGUUUUUAACUCUGCAUCGCGACACGAGGAAUCUAGCGCCAGUUUCGUAUCCAUGCUCCAGUGGAUUUUUCAGGGCUUUAGUAUGAAUUCCUGCAGAUGGCAGAUGGCAGUUAAUAAUAUGAACAAACACAGUUGAAAUUGACCAUAUUGUAAAUUCGACCUGUAUUGUUAGUAUGUUAAAACAAGGAUUAUAAAUGAUGACACCACUUUAACGGUGACAGAUCUGAUUUUUGGUGAAAAUGGUGUCACAAAAUCUUUGGUGUCCAUAUACAGUUAUUGUGUCCGCAGGCAACACAUCAUGACCCAUUUCCUAGUUUCAUUUAUGAAGUUUUUACUCCAUGAAAUAAUCAAUCGCAUCGCCACUCAUAACACAGGGGAGUUUAACGUCUUACCAGUUAUUACGAAAAACAAUUGUUUUAUAUAUGAGAAGGCCGAUGAUUAAUUAAAAGUAAUGUCACAAACACAGGCUAUAUCCCGAACACUACCAACGGCAUGGUUUGGGAGUGACAAAAUUUAUUUAAUGUUAUUACACUUCUUAUCCUAAUGCUAAAUAUUUUGUCAGUAACAGUUAUUUGUUAAUGAUAAACUAACUUCCUUAUUUGUAUAAUAUCUGACGGAACCAAAUAGAUUAUACAAUUACAUUCAUUUUAUUUAGAUCGCUUAUGUAGAUACAAGUGAGGUAAAGUUCGACACGCCACCCUACAGUCAGCUGAUUUCUGUUUAUUUUGUAAACUGAAAUGCAUAUGCAUGACACUUUCCUCAUAUUCCGUUAUUUCGGUUGUUUAUCCAUGUUAUCUCUCACCUGAGCCAGGUGUGUACCAGGCUGGUACUGACAUGUAUAAUAUGAGUCAUAUGAGUGAUAACAAAAGUUAUAAAAGUUGUCUAUAUUGUCAUCCGUCAACUUCUAAGUAAUGCCUAUCAAACACAAAAACAAAAUAGUAUCCCCGUGUCUAAUGUCACUUUUCCCCCACCACAUGUGACUAUCACUAUACAGUCUAUGCGUCUCGUCCUAACCGCUAUCCCUUUCGAUCAAUUCCAGGUGUUUUUAUGCCAUAACUAGUCAGUAUAUGCUGCCAUCCAUGUGAGGUAACGACCAUACACAACAGAUAAGAAAGUCUUGUGUACUCCUCUGACUUGCACAUUGCCAUGUUGUGCGGCAAAUCCUUGACAUUUAUGAUCACUCUAACAUUGAUAUCUGUAUGUCAGUUACAUAUAUGUGUGCUUGAUAAACAUUCAUGUUUUCCUCAAUCCAGGCGUGUACAAGAACAGCUUGUAUUACAUGGGUAUCAGUGAACACAGCCUAGCGUUCUUUGGUCGCCACCCGUAACAAUGCAUAGCCUACAGACAGGCAGUAUAUGUUACCGUGGUAUGUGUGUAACAUUAUAAAUUAGCCUGUUAUUGAAAGUGGUGUAUAUUUAGACAGCCGUUCCCUGCUGAAUAUCACUUCCUGGUCUGGAAAACACAAUCUUGUUCAACCUGUUUCUGAAUGUGUUGACAG